CACAAAAAGAUGUCGUGUACUUCCUCCGAUACGUUGUCAAAGUCAAAAGCGAUUGCUAAGUGAUGCCGGCGAUGGCGAAACUACAAUUUUGUUUUUUAUUUGUGCUCUAUAUUGUUAUAAGUAGCCACAGUGCAAAUGUUGACACAAUAUCCAGUGAUAUAAAAUUUAAGAAUGUUGAUCGUAUGAUCGAUAUAUCAUCUCAACUCGUGAAGAUUGCUGCCAAAAUAACCUUGGAAAAUACGGGCAACUCGCCGGUAAAACAAUUUUUGCUUGCAGUUGAGUCUUCAAUUCAGCAAAAUCUCGCUUUCAUCGGAGCUAGAGAUAACAGUAACAAGGAACUUCGGAUUACCGAGACCACUGUAAAGGGCCAUGACAACACCAAGUUCUGGCGUGUGGAUUUGAAAGACGCAGUCAACGCUGGUAGCACAGCAAUUGUUAAUGCUGAAUAUGUCUUUACAAAAGCUUUACUGCCAUACCCAACCGCUAUAACUCAGCAGGAAGACCAACUAGUUACAUACAAUGGUAACUUAUAUUUCUACACACCAUACCAGGUUACUUCGCAAAAAACUAGCGUAAUUCUGAACACAAAGAGUGUCGAGUCCUUCACAAAAGUGAAGCCAUUCACUCAGCAAGAUGGUACCAUUCUUUAUGGCCCCUUCACAAACACUGGCCCAUUUAGUGAGAAGGAAUUAAAUGUGCACUAUAAGAAUAAUUCUCCUUUCUUGACUGUUACCCGCCUGGAGAGACUGAUUGAGGUGUCUCACUGGGGUAACAUUGCUAUUGAGGAAGUGAUUGAGGUGGAACACACUGGUGCCAAGCUGAAAGGUCCUUUCUCCCGCUAUGACUACCAACAAGACCACCACAGUGGCCCAGCAAGUGUGAGGUCUUACAAGACUCUGUUGCCAGCCUCUGCUUCGGAUGUUUAUUACCGUGACACCAAUGGCAACAUCUCUACAUCUAACAUGAAAGUCAGGAAGGAUUCAGUGGAGCUAGACCUGAGACCCAGAUACCCGCUGUUUGGUGGCUGGAGAACACACUACACUCUAGGAUACAAUGUCCCGAGUUAUGAGUACUUGUAUCACUCUGGAAACGAAUACUUGUUGAAGAUGAGAUUGGUAGAUCACAUUUUCGAUGACAUGCAGGUUGAUGAAGCUACUGUGAAAAUAAUCUUGCCUGAAGGAUCUUCUCAUAUCAAAGUGAACACUCCCUACACUGUGAAGAGAUUGCCUGAUAGUCUCCACUACACAUACUUGGACACUAAGGGCCGCCCAGUGAUUGCAUUUAAGAAGACCAACCUUGUAGAGAGCCACAUUCAAGAUUUCCAGCUUCGCUACACAUUCCCUCGCCUGUUGAUGUUACAAGAGCCUCUACUGGUAGUAGGCUUCCUGUAUGCCUUAUUCCUAUGUGUUAUUAUCUAUGUAAGGUUAGACUUUUCAAUUCACAAGGCUGAACAUCAACAUAAGGAUUAACUAUAUGUUUAUUUAUUUAUAUUUUGUUUUCAGUUUUAUGUAACACAUCCAGUUGUCAUGUCACACAUUUUAUUUGUAUCAAUAUGAUUGCAAUGUUUGCGUGGAGAAGUAAAUGAUUUUAUAAGGAAA